UGACGCUAUCCGCCUGCGUCACAUAAUUUCAUUGUAAAUUUCGUCUCUACGUCCGCGCUGCUUCUCCUAAAUUGGUUUCUCCGAAGGUUGGCUAUAGGAAAAAAUAAGAUUGCCUACGUUGGUAGCAUCGCUUUAAUGUUUCAUAGCUGCUUGCGAAAAUGAUGUAAAUACACAUUGGAGGUUAUGUGAGAAUGGUCUGUGGUAGAAUGUUGUAACGAUUUGCGCAUAAAUUAAUUUCAUGUGAAAUGUGGAGAUUCACGAAAUUAUGCCAGCCAAAAAGUGGCAUAUUUUGUAGAUAUGCUGCUGAUAUAUGGUGCAAUAAACCAUUGUCCAUCACCCUGAAGUUCGUGAAGGAAAGCCUGAAAGUGGAUAGGCAGGAGUUACACUACUCUGCUAAAAAACAUCCAUUACCCAUAGCAGGAUCCAAAAAACCACACUCUCUGCUCUACAAGUUGUGUGUUGGAGUUGGAACAGUGUGUGGAGUGAAGAUAUAUACUGGCAGCUUAUUAGUAUCCUGUGAAGCACUGCAGAAAUCAAGAAUAGCAGGACUGAAAUAUGAUGGAUAUGUUGAAGAAGAAGCCGAAUUUGAUUGGAGAAAAUUUUUUACUCUCCUUUGGCCUCACAUAUGGUAUCUCUUGGCAGCAGUUGCAGGGGCCUUAGCAGUUGCUUUGUUGAAUAUAGAGAUACCCCAGCUUCUAGGAAGUGUAAUUAAUGUAGUAGCCAAAUUUGCACGGAAUGGCAGUAGCACAUUAUUCAUGGAACAAGUGAAGUUGCCCGUCUUUCGCCUGAUCAAUAUGUAUAUAGCACAGGCAUGCUUCACUUUCAUAUACAUCUACCUUUUGUCAUGCAUAGGCGAGAAGGUAGCAACCCAGUUGAAGCAGGAGUUAUUUGAGUCCAUCAUGAAACAAGAUAUUGCUUUUUUUGACCAACAAAGAACAGGAGAACUGGUCAACAGGCUGACCUCUGAUGUCCAAGAUUUCAAGAGUGCAUUCAAGCUUUGUAUUUCCCAGGGAUUACGCAGUAUUAUGCAGAUAAUUGGCUGUGGCACGUCACUAUUCCUCAUUUCACCACAGAUGACCUUGACGAUGCUUUUAAUUGUCCCAACAGUGAUUGUAACAGGAACUCUGCUGGGAUCGUUACUUCGGAAGCUAUCUCGAGAUGCACAAGCUCAGGCUGCUAAGACGACUAGUAUAGGCGAAGAAGCUAUCAGCAAUAUUCGUACUGUACGGGCCUUUGCUAUGGAAAAUGAAGAAUGUGAGUUAUUCUGUCAGCAGUUGGAGGAAGCAAGUCGCCUCAACCAACGUCUGGGUUUUGGUAUUGGACUGUUCCAGGCAGGGACAAACCUGUUUCUCAAUGGAAUGGUUCUAGCAACAUUGUACAUGGGAGGGUACUUAGUGUCUAAUAACCAGGUGUCACCAGGUGACAUAAUGUCAUUCCUUGUAGCCACACAAACAAUUCAGCGCUCUCUCACUCAACUGUCUCUGCUGUUUGGUCAGAUGGUGAAAGGACUGGGUGCAGGAGCAAGGGUGUUUGAAUUCAUAAACUUGGAAUCAUCAAUGCCUAUUAAAGGAGGUAAGAAGAUACCAUACCACUCUCUGGUUGGAGACGUUACAUUCAACAAUGUUACAUUUGCAUAUCCUACAAGACCACAACAGGUGGUGCUGAAGAACUUCAACCUUUACCUGCCUGCUGGAAAGACAGUUGCUAUUGUAGGAUCCUCAGGAAAUGGGAAAUCAACAGUUGCAGCUCUUGUAGAAAGGUUCUAUGAUGUUGAUGAAGGUUCUAUCACUAUUGAUGGUGUUGACAUUCGUGAGUUGGAUCCUUCAUGGUUGAGAGGAAAUUGUAUCGGGUUCAUAAAUCAAGAACCAGUCUUAUUUGCUACCAGCAUCAUGGAGAACAUCCGUUAUGGGAAACCCGGUGCUUCAGAUAAUGAGGUUAUAGAGGCAGCAAAAUUGGCAAAUGCUGAUGAAUUUAUCAAAAGCUUUCCAGAAGGUUAUUCUACAGUGGUUGGUGAAAGGGGUGUGACAGUGUCAGGAGGGCAGAAACAGCGAAUUGCUAUUGCAAGAGCUCUUCUAAAAAACCCUAGAAUCUUGAUACUGGAUGAAGCUACCAGUGCUCUUGAUGCUGAAUCAGAGACGAUUGUACAGAAUUCACUGGAUAAUGUAAGCAGGGGUCGAACCGUCCUUGUUAUCGCUCAUAGACUAAGUACAGUUCAGAAUGCAGAUAUGAUUGUGGUCCUUCACAAUGGCGUUAUAGUGGAGAUGGGCACUCAUGACUCACUGAAGGCACAAAGGGGGUUAUAUUGGAAUUUGAUUAGACAGCAAGAGGUGUCAGAGAAUAUAUCUCGAGCCUUAGGGUAAACUAAAACACUAUACAGCAAAUAAAAUAUUGUAAGAUUUGAGGCUUUCAUGGCGGUGACUA